CAACGCGCGCUGAUUGCGUGGGACACUCGAUCGUCGAUCUUUUUUUUAUUCACCGAGCGCCCGCGAUGCCGAGAGAGUUAAAAUCGGGCCACUUGUGUGUGUUGCCGCGUUGUGAAGGACUGUUCCGAAGAACGAUUCAAGCAGCCACAUAGCGAGCAGAACGUUGAACUUGCCGCGCUGUGUACGGCUACGGUAUUAAAAGAGGCGGGCGGACGAACUAUUACGGCAUACGACAACACAAAACAGCCGGUCGGUCGGCGGCGUUGCCACGUCGGAGGGCUUUCCUCGUGAACUUGAUGACUCACGAUAGAUGUCAGCUGGAUCUCAGAUACAGAUGGCACCACAGUCUACAAUCAACGUAACACAACCCGUACAUAGCCAAGACUCCAAUAUGAGUACAGGUUCCUCUCACAGCGAUAAAGAGGUGGACCCGAAUACUCCAGAAAAGGUACCUAGGACGCCGAGCGAGCGGAAAAGAAAACGGAAAGUGGAAGACAGUGGCGGAGCGCCGGCCGUGAAAGGGGGCGUUCGGAAUUCAUCUACCGAUAAGAAAAUCAACGAGUAUUUCAAGCAUUCGGGUAAUAGUCAUAGUCCUAUUAGACACGGGGGUGCGAAAAGCCCCUCCCCUCAGCAACCCUAUCCGAUGUUAUCUUCAUUUCAGUUACCUCCUUCCCCUCAGCAAGUGGGGAUGUCAUCCCCACAAGUAUGCAAUUCUGUUCCUUUUGAGUUUUAUAACAAACCGAUGAGGGUGCCCCCACCAGCAAUGGUUAGCAAAUUAAUCCAGACUGAGUUAACGUGUCACAGGAUACAAGAGUUCGAAACGCAAGCAUCCUCCGACUUAGAAUUACGUAAUAACAAAAUAGAAGAAUUAACGCGGGGCAACGAAGAAUUAAGGCAUCAAAUAUCAACCCACCAGAAAUCGAUUGACCAGCACAAACAACAAGUGAAUAAGUGCAUAGAAGUUGUGAAAAAACUGCUCAAAGAGAAAAGUUCGAUAGAAAAGAAGGAGGCAAGACAAAAGUGUAUGCAAAAUAGGUUAAGGUUAGGACAGUUUGUGACGCAGAGGGUGGGGGCGACGUUUCAGGAAAAUUGGACAGACGGGCAUGCCUUCCAAGAACUGGCAAGGCGGCAGGAAGAAAUAACGGCCGAGCGAGAGGAAAUAGAUAGGCAGAAAAAAUUGUUAUUGAAGAAAAGACCUUCGAAUACGGAGAGCGGCAGGAAAAGGAACAACUCGAAUGCUCUGCACAAUGGCACCGACUCAGGGUUCCUCAAGCCGGAUGCCGUACCUGGUUCUCUGACGUUGCAGGAGUAUUACGAAGCUGACGAAAUACUCAAGCUGCGGCAGAACGCCUUGAAAAAGGAAGACGCCGAUCUACAACUGGAGAUGGAGAAGUUGGAAAGGGAGAGGAACUUGCACAUCAGGGAGCUGAAACGGAUCCACAACGAGGACCAAAGCAGGUUUAAUAAUCAUCCGGUGCUCAACGAGAGGUAUCUGUUGCUGAUGCUGUUGGGCAAGGGUGGUUUUAGUGAGGUGCACAAGGCGUUUGAUCUGAAGGAGCAGAGGUACGUUGCGUGCAAAGUGCACCAGCUGAAUAAAGACUGGAAGGAAGACAAGAAGGCCAAUUAUAUAAAGCAUGCAUUGAGGGAAUACAAUAUACAUAAAGCUCUAGAUCACCCACGAGUAGUCAAAUUGUAUGAUGUUUUUGAGAUAGAUGCGAAUUCCUUCUGUACCGUACUAGAAUACUGUGAUGGACAUGAUCUAGACUUUUACCUGAAGCAGGUGAGUAAACACAAAAUAAUUCCUGAAAGGGAAGCGAGAUCGAUCAUAAUGCAGGUUGUGUCAGCUCUAAAGUACCUGAAUGAGAUUAAACCACCCGUGAUUCACUAUGACCUGAAACCCGGCAACAUUUUGCUGACUGAAGGCAAUGUUUGUGGAGAAAUCAAAAUAACAGAUUUUGGGUUGAGCAAAGUGAUGGAUGAGGAGAAUUAUAACCCCGACCAUGGUAUGGACUUGACGUCGCAAGGCGCUGGUACAUAUUGGUACCUUCCACCUGAAUGUUUUGUAGUAGGCAAGAAUCCCCCUAAAAUUUCAUCGAAGGUGGAUGUUUGGAGUGUAGGAGUGAUAUUCUAUCAGUGUUUGUACGGCAAAAAACCAUUUGGGCACAAUCAGUCUCAAGCGACAAUUCUGGAAGAGAACACUAUAUUGAAGGCGACUGAAGUACAGUUUGCCAACAAGCCUGCAGUAACGAAUGAAGCUAAGAGUUUCAUUCGAAGUUGCCUGGCUUACAGAAAGGAGGACAGAAUCGACGUCCUCUCGCUGGCGAGACACGAAUACCUCCAACCCCCGAUGCCUAAACAUUCGCGACUCACGUCGAACCAACAACAACAACAAGCGCAAGCCCAACAACAACAGUCGGCUUCGUUUUCCGCGGGUAUUUUUGGCGCUAUGAACGCCUCCUCAUCAUCUUAGUGCAGUGCUGUGUUUAUUUAAGUUAACGUAAGAUUUUUUGGGACGUAGUGGCAGAGAAGUACUGAAAUGAACAUUAUUCGAUGUGUAUUUCAGAGCGGGGACGAAGUGAUUUUUUUAUUAGACUGAUUCUCUUACUUUUUUUGUCGAGUGUAGACAUUAUGAAAAGAGUUUGAAAUGGCACGUUCUAGUGCGGACUACAAUUUUAAAUUCCUCUUGAUGCUUGUAAUGGCUUCCCUUGAUAGAGUAUAGACACGAAAGUUUAAGGAGAUUUCUUGUAAGGUCAUUUUCAGUUUACGAAAAUACUUUUUUUUUGUUUGCUGAAUUGCCUAAUCAUUUCUAGACAUUACAGUAUAACAACUGUGAACUCGGUAGUUGACAGAGAUAGUGUUCUGAGAAUUAAUUAUUUAUAUCAAAACGGUGUUGAUUAUUGAAGCUCAUUGCAUCUCGUAUAUUAUGAGGAUGCUUUUGUAAAGUCUCGUUUGGAGGAAAUCACUUCACUUUUUGUGUCUAUAGUCGAAAAACUGCUGUCCACUUGAGAAUUAAGUGCAAAACAGAUAGUUGUAUGUUUCCUUUUAUAUAUAAUAUUAUAUAUAGAGAACAUUUAAGUUAUUUUAUGAAGUGACCUUGCUUUGUAUCAUAGUGUGAUUUUGGUUCGCCGAUCCUCCCAUUUCUAAUUACCCAUUUCUCAAUAUUCAUUAUGACAUAGUUGUAUAUGUACAGAAAACCCCGUGUUUGCCUGUCAAGAAAAAAUUCAAGGGAUAUUUCAAUUUACUAGAUAUGGCUUGUUGGUGACAAACUCGUUUCUUUGAGUUUGUGUUUUUAAUAAGUGAGUAGCAGCUUUGAGACAUUCGCCAAUUGAUUUUAAAACAAUGUUUUUUACGAUUAUUUCCACUCUAGAAUUCAAUUUAUUUUUUUUUUCAGAAAUUUCAUGAAUAUUAGUUUGACACAAUUCUAUAUGUAUGUGACGAGGAGGUUAAAUGAAAACUAUUUAGAUGUUACAUAAUUGAUAUGAAAUAGGUAGCUCAUAAAACCAUUGGUGACAGAAAUGGUGAAUCAUUAAGAUUUUCAGCUAUUGUAAAUUGAAUUAUACUAGCUUAGAUUUUGGAAGGAAGCCAUGUAUGUAAAUGAGGUGUCAUGUAUAGAAAAAAUACUGUAAAAAUAAAUCAGAUUAUUAUGCACUUUUUGUUUUCGGCAAAGCGUUAAAUUAUUCAUUUGCAUGCCUUCUAUUUUGAUGCCAAAUCAGUUUUAAUCUCGGUAUUCAAAAGAAAAUACUUAGAUUCUAAGUUAUAUAAUAAUAGUAAUGUGUAUAUAAGUGAAGGCUUAAUAUUUUGAAUAUCUUUCGAGAUUAGGGCGCAAAAUGUCUCAAACCAUACAAGAUUCAAUUUUUCACUGGGCUUUUUCAAAACCGUCGCUGGAUGAAGUUCUCUGUUAAGUGGGAUAGGAUACAGGGUGUUUCAAAAUUACCUUGUAAUUUUGAAAGACCAAAGUUGUGAGGAGUUCCAGCUUGUUUUGUGGACGCACAGACACAAAAUAAUGUAAAUAUCUUGUAAUAUUCGUGCUGCAAUACAAGCAAAACAUGUCCAUAUGGUUAAAACUCGCAAUUAAAAAUACAUGUUACUUAUUUAUACUGUGCUGUUUGUGUAAAAAUAGUGGUACUCGCCUACCACGGACUUUGUGAUAAGAGUAGUUAAAGAAGUCAUGUUCUAGGAUUCAAAAAAAAAUGUAUCGUUAUAUUAUUGUUUAUUGUACUGUACCUAUACUAUUAUUUUAUACAAUCGUUCGCAGUUUUUUCUUUGGUAUAUUAUACCGUUGUACAUACAGUGUGUAUAUUACUACACAGUAAAGUUUUCAAAAUUAA